AUGUUCGUCUUUCUUUCUUUCGUCAUCCCUCUUCUCCCCCUGGUAGCAAGUUUUGUGCACCCCGGUCUCCUCGUCUCCGAUAGCGAUAUCUCUCGCAUGCAGAAAAAGAUCAAGGCCAACCAGGAUCCAUGGACUACAUCUUGGAAUACCCUGACCAAUCUCCCAUUCUCUGACCCCAGCUACACUCCUUCACCGGUUAGCGUUGUUUAUCGGAGCACCUGGGAAGACCACACUGCGAACGCACAGCUCCUCUGGCAUGAUGCAACCACUCUCAUUUCAAUCGACGGUGGCGACGAUAAGUACCUCACAGCUGGCCUGCAGGGGUACGAACUCGCUAACGCAGCCGAACUGCUCCGCGAUUACCAGCCCUUCGUGGACAAUGUCCUCCCAGCUGUCGUGGAAAUGGCCAAUAAUAUCUUUAUCCCGAUGCACUACAGAUGGCUGAACCAUGAAGAGCCGUCGGAGCAUAAUGUUCUCCAUUUCUUCGCGAACUGGGAGUUGUGCAAUGUCGCUUCGGCGAUGGCUAUGGCCGUCAUAACCGAUAACCAAACAGUGUGGAAUUUCGCCGUGAAUUACUUCAAGACCGGCGAUGGAACGGGAGCGAUCAACAAUGCUAUCACCAAUAUCAUUGAAGAGCCAGGUACUGGGGCUUUACUUGGCCAAGGCCAAGAAUCUGGUCGUGACCAGGGCCACUCGGCAUUGGACAUGCAACUUUUGGGUGUUAUUGGACAGCAGGCCUGGAACCAAGGAGAGGAUUUGUUUGCCUAUAACGACAGCCGGAUUCUCCGUGGGAUGGAGUACUUCGCGCGAUACAACCUUGGAAACGACGUCCCCUUCGUCCCCUAUACGAACGGUAUAGUCAGCUACACAGAGGUUAGUAGUGCCUCUCGUGGGGCCAUUAGACCUACCUGGGAGCUUCUCUACAACCAUUAUGUCAUGAUGAAGCGAAUGGACGCACCUUGGACCACUCUGUAUCUCAACAACACUCUUGAUUAUUACGGCGGUGCGGAGGGCGGUGCAGGCUCCUGGGGAGAAGGGUCUGGCCAUUACGAUGGGUUGGGCUGGGGAUCGUUGCUUUAUCGCAUGGAUGAGGCUGAUGUGAUAGCACCUUUCCCCUCCAAGUCUGCUUCACCUACGGCAAAUCCCACAUCAAGGGCGUCCACUACAUUGAACUGGGCUCCUAGCGCAAUGACUACGACUCCUGGCACAUCCGGCCAAAGUGCGCCUAUUUCGCACUCAGCCACCACAAACUUUGCUGCUGUCUCUGCUACUUUGGGCACCCAAACAUUUGCAUCAUCAACUAUUGCAGACGACAGUAGGACUCCCCCAUUUUCAGUGAGCAGUACAACUUCAGCCAGCACAUCGACAACUUUGCCCACUGCCCCACUUGAUACGUCGCAAAAGUCUCAUCAUCACCACGAAGAGGGUCAGCCACAUUGUGAUCGUCUUGAUCCCGUGUGUUCCCAAUGCAGGAGAGCGGGCAAGCCAUGUGGCGGCUAUCGGGACGUGCCCUCUUUUAUGUUCCGUGAUGAGAAUGACAGGGCGGCUCGACGAAGUGCAGAAGCAAAGGCUAAGACGGAGGUCCGUCGAAGAUUGGAGGAUAGAGCAGCUCUAGAAUCUGACAUAUCCACCCCCGGCUCACGAGCCGAUCGUUCGCCGUCAUAUGCCUUAGUCCGCAAGAGCAGGGACCAGUUGAUCCCGACUCCGAGAAUUACUGCCUCGAUGUCCAUCCCAUUGGAUGACCAGGGGUUGAGGUUCUUUGUUGACCGUUUUGUGACACGGGUGGCCACCAGAUCAGAUGGCUCUCCACAUGUAGGUUUUGUGCAGCCGUCUCCUCAUGUUGGAGCAGUUACUCUCGACCAGUCGAGUCGAGAUGCUGUCGUCUCAGUUGGGCUUGCUGCCUUGUCCAAUGUCAAUAACGAUAGAGCACUGCGGAUAAUGUCUCGGGAGAAACAUGCCAUGGUUAUCAAGGCUGUGCGAGAAGUAGUGGAGAACCCCACUCAGGCCAAUCCCGACAGAACGCUCCACUUGAUCGUCAUGCUGAGUCUAUACGAGAUGGUCAGCUGUACCCCAAACCAGAUAGACUCUUGGAUAGUGCAUAUGGAUGGUGCGGCUGCCUUACUUACACAAUCCUCCUUUUUGCUAUCACUCACGAACUUGGACCACCGAGAACACUUACAAUUUUAUUUUGUCGCAAUUGUUAAAUUUUUCUCCAAAAGGGUUGUCACCCCGGAUCUACUGAGCUGGUCUCCUGAUCUCAUACCCUCUGCGUCACCAGAGAUUUUGCCAGGCGUCGAUCUUAUUGACAUACUGGUAAGAUUGGCGAAGUUCGAUGCAUAUCUGCAUCACAAAAAGCCCGACGCCAGAGCAGUAGUGGACUCAGCUCUAUUCUUUGAAGAUGAACUCCACAAAUGGGAAACUCAGCUCCCAGCAGACUGGUCCUUUACUGUGAAAGAAUCCAAUACGUGCGAGCAUACCUUUCGUGGCCAGUAUCAUGUCUACAGGGACAUGUGGGUUUCGAGAGUUUUCAACCACUACCGCUGGGCACGAUUACUUGUUAACGAGACCAUCCUAUCCCAAAUUUCGAAAAUGGCACGGCCUACACCAAACGAUGUGAUUCAACGGCAGCAAGCAUUGGACAUGAUUUCUUGCAUGGCAAUUGACAUAUGCGCUGGAGUUGCCAGUCAGGAAGCUAUAUCCGUGCAAGGAGUUGCCGAAGACCCGUCACAUAUACCACUGUUGAAUGGUACCUUCAUGCUGCUUUUCCCAUUAGGAGUUGCUGGAGGAGCAGCAGGGACCCCCGAUGAAGUCCAUGAUUGGGUUGUUGGAACGCUUGAGCGAAUAGGAUGUACGACAGGCAUCCGGCGGGCUUUGGAAAUGAUACCUCAACUGAAGAAAUCAGUCGGGAAAUGGAAACUAGCUCAGAAGCGGUGGAAGAGCAUACAUGAGUAUAAAUAG